GAUGAGGAUGAUGACAGUGAGGUGGAGAGUGAAGAAGAACCGCGGACAAAGAAAUUCAAGAUGGCAGCAGCAGCAGCAGCAGCUGCAGCAGCAGCUGGUAACCGUGGGAAAGUGAUAGAGAAGUCCUUGCCUCCCAAACGUGGCAAGUUGGACGAGGACUCGGAGAAGCCCCUACAGGAGGAAACGGGGGACAACACGAAAAAUGCUCAGAAAGAUAAAGGGCUGCUGGUUGAAGUACGUGUCAAUAAGGAGUGGUACACCAGCAAAGUCAUUGCUGUGGAGGUGAACAAACAGAGCGUUCGCUGGAAAGUGAAGUUUGACUAUGUACCUAGAAACACUCCUAAAGACAGAUGGGUGUUCAAGGGAAGUGAUGAUGUCCGGUUGAUGCGGCCGCCAUCUCCAAUCUCUCAGACCCCUGACACCCAGCAGGAGGCAGAGAAGGGGCCGGCCCCCAUGGAGCCCGACACCACCCAGCCAGGCACCAGCCGGGAGGUGACCGAUAGUCUGGUUACCAUGCUGAGGACCAUGCUGCGUUACUUCUUCCCUCCUGCUUUUCGGAUCCCAAAGGACGACGUUAACAGCAUAUCGGCUGAGGAGUUGGUGGCCUUUCCUUUGAAAGAGUAUUUCCAGCAGUAUGAAUCAGGUCUGCAGUCUUUGUGCAACUCGUACCAGAGCAGAGCUGACACCAGAGCCAAAGCUGUUGAAGAGAAGAGCAACAGCAAUGAGGUGAAACUGAAGGAGGCGGACGAGAAACUACAGAAACUACGAACAAACAUUGUAGCACUCCUGCAAAAAGUUCAAGAGGACAUUGAUAUAAACACAGACGACGAGCUGGACGCCUACAUAGAGGACCUUCUGACCAAGGGGGAUUAAAGAAGACUGAGAGAGAAGAGUCCAUGCACAUAAACAGGCAGUUUUCAUUACAGCCAUUACCUGCUGACGGCUCUUUAAUGACUCGUGCUUAUCUGCAGAGUUGGGUGUCACGAGUUUGAUCUUUGAGUUUGGGCAGGUUCUCUGGUGUUUCUACAGUGUUCGGUAUCCUGUGGUUUUAUCUCAAGUCCUUUUUUAUAUCCCUGCUUGUAUCUGUUAAUCUAUGUUAAAGCCAUCUUAUCUUGAUUGAAAUAUUGUAUGUAGGUUUAAGACAUGUAUGCUCUCUUUAUAUAGUCUGCUAAAGCUGUGACAAACUGCUCCUCGUUUGGUUCAUCGUCAGGUGAGAUUUGGAAGUGACUGGGUUGCGCUCUGCAAUGCAGCCUGUAGUUUAACUUUUAUUUUUAUACACUAAAAACACUGAAGUGUUUCCCAUUACCUUUCUACAUCCUGGUCCAACGAGGGAACCAGGUUAAUAUUUUACGGUUGGGUGCUGUUCCUCACCCAUUAACGAGAACUACUUACUGGGUUUUAUCAGUAUGAUUAUUCCCUCAUUUCCCUCUUACAUUCAAACUCUGACUGUUCUGUGUUUAUUUUUGGAAGGAAAAAAGUAAUCUCACUCAAAUGCAAAAGUUGUGUGUUCAUAAUAAUGUGCCUGUGCCCUUCCUUUUGAACAGAUUUUAACAUGUCAUGGAAAUGUUUUAUCAAACUGCAUGCUUUCAGUCUUUUUGUUCUGAUUGGAACAAAUGAUUCUGUAUUUUUGACAAAUCUUUACCUAGAACAAUAAAACCGGUUCAGCAACACCUCA